UGAAAAACUUGAAAAGGAUGAAAUGAAUAUUCCUGGGACCAAAGUUAUGGCAGAAGAUCUUAUUAAAUAUGCAAGAGUUUAUGUGAAUAUUCUUGAAAUUGGAUUAUUUCAGUAUAUAACUUGCUCUCAUAGGUCACGCAAAGAUUUUAAGAAAAUUAACAAUAAUGAUAUAAAAAGUGAUCUUGAAAUACCGGUGAAACUUGCAGAUAUAGAAUGGGUUGUAAUUCCAGAACUUCUGGAAUAUUAUGGAAUAAAUGAAUUUCAUGAAAAGAGAUUCAAAGUUGAAUGUGAAGAUUGCAAAGAUAUAGAAAAUACACUUAACAAUACAU